AUGACGAACCCACGCAUCGUUGACGUGCGAUUCGAGCAUUAUCCCACCGGAAAGCGAGUGCUGGGUGUCCACGAUUCCAAACCACGCAUCUCAUGGCGCUUCGUCGAUGUCGAAUCGAACUUCGAACAAACAGACUACGAAAUCGAGGUAUCCCGCGGCAGCCCCUCAAGCAAAAUCACCGUCGACGUUAUCCACGUGUCGUCGAGUGAAUCGCACCUUGUCCCCUGGCCCAAACCGGAUUACCCACUUGCCUCUCGUGAGAAAUGUUCAGUGCGAGUGCGUGCCUGGGGAAAAGAGCAACCCGACCCACUCCCCUGGAGCGACGCGGCUGAGAUCGAAGCCGGACUUCUACAACGCAACGACUGGACGGGAAGACUUAUCUCUGCACCUUGGUCAGGCGAGAAUCUCGACAAGCCCCAACCCGAGGACCUACUUCGGAAGGAGUUCACCUUGUGCAGCAAACCGGUCUCCGCCCGUCUGUACAUCACCGCGCUCGGAGUCUACGAGGCCGAGAUCAACGGGAAGCGAGUCGGUGACCACUUCAUGGCCCCUGGUUGGACGUCGUACCACGGUCAGUUGCACUAUCAGACCUUUGAUGUGACGGACCUGCUCGACUCCGAUGCGAAUUGCCUAGGGGUUCGCGUGGCCGAGGGGUGGUACAAGGGGCGGAUUGGAUUUGGGUUUGUUCGCAACUUCUAUGGUUCUCGCACGGCGGUUCUCGCGCAGCUUGAUGUUACAUACGAGGAUGGACAGACGUUUACGCUUGGGACUGAUGGUACAUGGACGGCAUAUCGCGGGCCUAUUCAAAAGGCAGAGAUAUACGACGGAGAGGUCUACGAUGCUCGUGAGCAUAUUGAGGGCUGGUCUAGCACUGGUACAAAGGGGCUGGAGAACUGGAAACCAGUCGACCUUCUUUCGUCACUCCCGGCUGAACUACGGCUUGUCGCUGGCUCGAAGCCACCGGUUAGGCGACUAGAGACCGUUAAACCGCGACAGGUCAUUGAAACCCCUUCGGGUAAAGUAGUUCUAGACUUUGGGCAGAAUCUCGUUGGCCACCUUUGCAUUGUCAAGCAAAUUCGGGCUCAAGCCGGCCAUAGAAUCACUUUCCAGCAUGCUGAAGUACUCGAGGAUGGUGAACUCGGUCUACGGCCGCUUCGAGCUUGUAAGGCACAGGAUACAUACAUCUUCAGAGGAGAUGUCCAAGGCGAGACCUAUCAGCCACGAUUUACUUUUCAUGGUUUCAGAUACGCGCAGGUUGAUGGUUGGCCUUCGAGCGAGGACAUCCUUACGUCAAUCGAAGCAGUGGUCUGCAACUCGGAUAUGGAGGAAGCGGGCACUUUCCGAUGCUCCAACGACAAGGUUAACCAGCUGUUCUCCAACACAAAAUGGAGCAUGCGGGGAAACUUCUUCUCCCUACCCACAGACUGCCCACAGCGCGAUGAGCGACUAGGUUGGACUGGCGAUCUUGCCUUGUUUGCUCCUACUGCAACCUUGAUUUACCAGUGCUUCGGUGUUCUUCAGGACUGGCUACGGGAUGUAGCCUUCGACCAGCGGCAGCGAGGUGGAGUUCCACCUAUGGUGUCUCCCAAUUGUCUUGCAGGGAUACAGACUUGGGGAGAUGUUUGGCCAUGUGCAGUAUGGCACGACGUGGCAGUGCUGGCUCCGUGGGCACUGUGGGAGGAGACCAAGGAUAUCGCAAUCCUGGAGCAGCAGUAUGAGUCCAUGGAAUCGUGGUUGAAGGUAAUCCCACGAAAUAAAGACCGACUAACCCACCUUUGGGAUUUAACGGCGGAACAACUUGGUGACUGGCUUGACCCCAACGCCCCGCCCGAUGACCCCCAGAAGGCUGUCACCGAUCCGAUUCUCGUGGCCAAUGCCUUCCUGUCUAGAUGCCUUAUAUUGAUGGCGCAAACCAGCACCAUCCUGGGACGCAAGGAAGAUGCUAGCUUCUUCGACUGCUGGUACACGAACGCCCGUAACGAGUUCGUCGAAGAAUACGUGAGCCCCAGCGGCCGCCUGGUAUCAGACAGCCAAACAGCCUACGCCCUGGCAAUCUGCUUUGACCUCCUCUCUCCAGAGCAAACAAUAAUCGCCGGGAACCGUCUCGCCGAGAUCGUCCACUCCAACAAACUAUGCAUUGGAACCGGGUUCGCAGGCACACCCUUUGUCUGCGAAGCCCUAGCACGAACAGGCCACACUAAUACAGCAUACGCAAUGCUCCUAAACGAAAAAUGCCCAUCCUGGCUCUACCCCAUUUCCAUGGGCGCUACAACCAUCUGGGAGCGAUGGGACAGCAUGCGGCCCGGUGGAUCCAUUAACCCUGGUGAAAUGACUUCAUUCAACCACUACGCGUUUGGAGCUGUCUCGAAGUUCCUUGUGGAACGCGUUGCUGGGCUGCAACGUGGUAGUCCUGGGUGGAGAACAUCGAGGGUAGAACCGUUGCUUGGGGGAGGGCUUACCUCGGCGAGUGCGAGUCAUGUUACCCCCUAUGGGGUUGUGUCUGUUUACUGGGUCCUUGAGGAGGAGAACAGAACUGGCGAUGGGAUAGCGAAGGGGAGGAAGUUUACGUUGGAUGUUGUGGUUCCGCCGACGACAACCAUGGAGGUGGUGCUUCCGUCACGCGGGGAUAAGACAGUUCAGGUCGUGGGUUCAGGGAAGUGGUCAUUCUCAUGUGUAGUAUGA